UCUCCCGCCAUUGCUUUGCAUUGUGGGAACACGUGAAUCAACUCUCAAGAUGGCAGAGAAAGAUGAAGAACCGACACCGGCCGAUGACAUUGUUGUCACCAAAUAUAAAAUGGCUGGAGAUAUGGUCAAUGGCAUUCUCAAGGAGGUGAUUGGUAAAUGUGUCGACGGGGCCUCAGUUCUCAGUAUCUGUUCGUUCGGAGAUGAGAGACUUCUGCAGGAGACUGGAAAGGUGUUCAAGAAAGAUAAAGAAAUGAAAAAAGGCAUCGCCUUCCCAACCUGUGUGUCUGUGAACAACUGCAUAUGUCACUUCUCACCCCUAAAAUCAGAUCCAGAUGUUACACUAAAAGAGGGGGACCUUGUCAAAAUUGAUUUGGGGGCACACAUUGAUGGCUUCAUAGCUGUAGUUGCUCAUUCUCUUCUGGUUGGGGACCAAAAGGAGAAGGUGAAAGGACGAAAGGCUGAUGUACUUUUGGCGGCUCACAAUGCAGCUGAGGUCGCUCUACGAAUGGUGAAACCAGGCACAGAGAAUGACACAGUCACAGAGGCUAUACAGAAAGUAGCAGAAUCCUAUAAAUGCAAGCCUAUUGAAGGCAUGUUAUCCCAUCAACUGACGAAGCAUGUAAUAGAUGGGGAGAAGGCCAUUAUACAAAACCCAUCAGAAAAUCAGAAGAAAGAGCAUGAGAAGUGUGAAUUUGACGUCCAUGAGGUGUACGGCAUCGAUAUACUCAUCAGUACAGGGGACGGAAAGGGAAAAGAACUGGACACAAGAACGACGGUUUAUAAAAAGAAGGACAUCGUAUAUCAGCUUAAAAUGAAAGCAUCAAGACAAUUUCUCAGCGAAACAGAAAAGAAGUUUGGGUUGAUGCCAUUUACUCUCAGGUUAUUUGAUGAGGAAGUUAAGGCAAGGAUGGGGGUGGUGGAGUGUGCAAAACAUGACCUGGUGCAGCCUUUCUCAGUUCUCCAUGAGAAGAAUGGCGAGUUUGUAGCCCAGUUCAAGUACACAGUUAUACUGAUGCCUAAUGGACCACUGAAGAUCACAGGCCUUCCAUUUGAAUCUGAACUCUACGAGUCCGAGUACAGCGUCGAGGAUGAGGAAUUAAAGUCACUGCUGUCUCAGUCCGCCUCCAGAAAAGCCGCCAAGAAGAAGAAGAAGAAGGCUGGCAAGGCCGUUCAGGAGCAGGCAGAAGCUGCUGACCAGGAGGCUUGACCUUGACCACUGAACAUGUGACCUUGACCUUCAGUGGGGGGAGUCAAUUACAUCUCAGAUAUGGCAGAAGAAAUAAGAAUGGGUGGGGUCUUAAUUCCAUCAUGGAUGAUUUUUGUGAGAAAUUGGUAGAUUUUUUUGUAGUUAAUGAAAUGAAAACCCACAUUGGGAGAUAGAAAAAAGUAAAUGUAUGAAAAAUAACUUUUUUUAUUAUUGUUGCAUUGAAAUUUAGAUGGCGAGAAAUUAAACUUACUCAAUUUUUAAGUGCUAUUAUUGUUGAUUUUUUGCAUUGUUAAAGAAAACUGCAACUUGCUUAUUUGAAAAGUGCUAAUAUUUGUGAUUACAUUUAAAAUUGCUUAUAUUGUUAAGAGUUAAAAAUCUUGGAUCCCUCCAUGUUGGACUGUUAAUAGCUGGGUGCUGGUUUUACUACUGAUUGUGGAAGCUGGGGACUUGUAGAAUCAAACUGAAUUUGCUAUAUAUUUACUGCGAGAGUGUACCUCUGCUAGUAAUUCCUUAUUCAACUUUGAAUUUUUAACUAUAAGAAAGUAUCAACAAAUGUAAGUUUUAAGCAAUGCUUUUCAUUCAAAAGAUCAAAAUAAAAUUUGCAUAAUGUUAAUAAAGAAAAAGUGAACACAAUGAUACUGUCAUUGAAAUGAAACUUUUAAAUGAUUACGCCCAGAGUCUUACACUAGUGCUUGGCAUAAAAAAGUCAACAAACACUGCUAUAUAAAAUUCGGAAAAUUAGCAAACCCGGAAAGCAUUUGACUAGUGCAUGGCUGGUGGGCUUGUGCUUAUUUACGUCAAUGAUGAUAUUUAUGCCUAAAUAAUGAAUAUUUAUGUUACAUCUUGCAGUGAAUAUGUAGCAAAAUAUUAUUUUUAUUUUUGAUAAAACCAUCUGUAUAUGAAAUGAUUUAUAGUGGCAUACAUUUGUAAGCAUGAAUUUUUGAUGUCCAAUUGAGUUAAAAGAUUGAAUUUGUCUAUGCCUUUGAUGGAAGUGGUUGUAAGAUGUGUUGACAGUACAGAUUGUAAAUUGCCAUUUAGUUACAUCAAUAAAAUUUAAAAAUGUG